AUGUACUCCGCCUUUGCAUUGUAUAUUGCUGCAACCUUGUUCUCUCCACUGUGCACUGCUCUUGCACCUCCUGGCCCUUGGGAUGAGUUCAACUAUGCGCCUUCCUCCCGGUCCGUGCGGCCAGCUUACGUGCAUGAAAUAAAUGGCACUGUCACAGAUGCACAGUCUUUGGUCCAGAAUUCAACCAAUGCGAGCGCAACUUUAUCAGGGAAUGGCUCGUAUGUCGUGCUGGAUUUUGGACAAGAGGUCGGAGGGCUAAUCUCUUUAGAUGUUGUGAACGCUACCACAUCAUCGGCCUUUUCCCUGUCUUUCACUGAAUCUCCCUUGUUCAUAAGCCCUACGGAGUCCGAUGACUCUUCUCGCACCCUUUCCACAGAAAACUCUGACGGAGUUGAAUCUGUGGCGGCACCACUAUCACUUGGAACGUUCACUCAGCCGCCUGGACUCCUUCGUGGAGGUUUCCGUUACCUCACCAUUGUGUCCAACGCGGAUGAUGCAUUGUCAAUUGCCAACGUCGUUCUCAAUAUAACUUUUGAACCAUUUGCAGGUGACGCUCUUCGUGACUACACAGGUUAUUUCUAUGCAAAAGACAACAAUUUCCAUGAUUCCGACUUCAUUACCAAAAUUUGGUAUGGAGGUGCAUAUACUGUGCAAACAAAUGUCAUCGACGUGAAUACAGGAAGACAGAAUGGAGGACUUCUUCCUGGAUGGGCCAACAAUGCGACUGGCGGCCCGGUUACUGGUCCCAUCUUGGUUGACGGUGCCAAAAGAGACAGGAACGUUUGGCCAGGGGAUAUGGGCAUAUCAAGCCACACUCGUCAAGUCUCCGUUAAUGACUUGCUUCCAGUCCAGAACUCUGUCCGUGUCAUGUUCUCCACCCAAAAUGUCACCACUGGAGCUUUCAACUACUCUGGGCCUCCUAUCAAUGGCCAGGGUAGCGACACAUAUAUAUCUUGGUCGUUGAUAGGCCUCUAUAACUAUUACCUGUACUCUGGUGACUUGAGCACCGUGCAGGACUUAUGGGCAAACUACACAAAGGCAGUGGCUUUCCUCGAGGCUCAGGUGGAUGAUACCGGUUUGAUGAACGUCACUGCUGCUUGGUCAAAUGAUUGGGGAAGGGUUGGCGGUACAGGCCACAACUCGGCUGCAAAUGCUUUACUGUAUCAGACACUUACCACUGCUGCAGAUCUUGCAACGCACCUAGGCGACACCUCGCUGGCAGAAGCAUACGCUGCCAACGCCACAAUAGUCAAGACAGCUUACAAUAGUAUGCUUUGGGAUGCCGCGGCAGGAAUGUAUCGUGACAACGAAACGACGACAAUGUACCCAGAGGAUGGUAAUUCCCUUGCUGUAGUGUAUAACCUGACGCAAACGCCAGAACAAAACCAGCAAAUCAGUGUGGGAUUGACCAAUUACUGGACUGACAUUGGUCCUCUGUGUCCAGAGCUCGCUGAUACUAUUAUCCCUUUCAUCGGCGGUUUGGAGCUGCAAGCCCAUUUCAUUGCCGGUAACGGGAGUCGCGCGCUGGACUUAUUGCGCCGGGAGUGGGGCUAUAUACUAUACACGAACAUCAGCGUGCACUCGACGUUCCUGGAAGGUUUCACAGCGAACGGAUCUCUUGGAUACCGGGCCGCUGCUGGUUACGACUACGACUACUCUUACACGAGCCACUCUCAUGGCUGGAGCACAGGCCCAACGCCAGCGUUGAGCUUCUAUGUCGUUGGCUUACAAGUAACAUCGCCUCAAGGCGCGACAUGGCGUGUUGCGCCCGUUCUAAGUGGGUUAGAUGCGGCCGAAGGAGGGUACGAGACUAGCCUUGGCUGGUUUGGGGUGAAAUGGUCCGUCGACAAUGGAACUCUCACCGUUCUUGUGACCACUCCAGAAGGAACGAACGGAACCGUGGUAUUGCCUGGGAGUGGAAAUGUGACUCUAGAUGGCAAGGAAAGCGGGAGCGGACCCGUGAGCGUUUCUGGAGGGAACCACACGCUGGUCCAGAAGGUGUAA